AUGAGGCAGCACAACCAGGUUUCAUCCCUUAACCGGCGACCCACCGUCCUGUAUCUAGUGGGCGCCGCCGCAUUGUUCUCCCUUCUCUUCUUCUACAUCCAGUCCUCUUUCUUCGCAGGUUACAAUGCACAGUUUAAGAAAUUUGAGCCGUUGGAGUACAGUUAUGUUGUGUGUGAGACACUCCUGUUGUGGGAACAGUAUCGGAACAUGACAACUGUGUUGACCAGAGAGUAUCUUGAUUCUCGACCUGGUGGUUGGGUGGAUUACGCUCCACAAAGGAUAGCACUUGUGUGUGGUGAUGCCUUUUCUUCGUGUUGGGGAACAAAGAAGUGCACUAACAAGACUCUUUGUGAAGAGAACCUCAAUGUGUUAUUACCUGCAAAGCCCCCAUUUCACCCACGGCAGUUUCGAACUUUUGCUGUUGUUGGUAAUUCUGGGGAUCUUCUGAAGACUCAUUUCGGGAAAGAAAUUGAUAUCCAUGAUAAAUUUGCCAAAUAUGUUGGUCUUAAGAGGGAUUUCCGUCUAGUUGUAAGAGGUGCUGCUCGUAACACGACCAUGCCCAAUCCAGUCUAUCUCUUCCAAGGAAUUGUACUACGUCGAGGUGCCAAAGGAACUGGAAUGAAAUCUAUAUUAUUGAUAUAUAUGGAUUCACUGUUGAUCCAGGAUACACUGAAUGGUGGGUUUCUCUAA